CCUCUGGAUCUGAGGCCCUUAAAGCAGCAGGAAAAGAGAACCACAUAUAAGACGCCUGCGCACAAAGGAGCAUUGCCUUGCAGAGCCACACACGCAGGACUGGCCCUUGUGCAUGAGAGAGCCAUGGCAUCUGGGAAAACCUUGGAGCUGCUUUGCCAAGGAGUGACAUGCCCUGUGUGCCAAGACUACUUCAAUGCCCCAGUGAUUCUCAACUGCGGGCACAACGUCUGCCGAGGCUGCCUCACCCAGCAGCAUCAAAGCAGGUUUGGCAACACCGCUUGCUGCCCUCAGUGCCGCAAAAGGGAUGAGCAGAAGAGCUUCAGGCCCAACUGGCAGCUGGCCAAAAUGGUGGAGCUGGUCAAGGAACUCCAGGGUGGAGAGAGAACUAAACAGCAGGUAUGCACGAUACACCAGGAGCCCAUGGAGUUCUUCUGCAAGGAGGACCAGGUCCCCAUCUGUGGGGUGUGCAGGAGGUCGAAAGAGCACCGAGACCACAACGUCUACUCCAGGGAGGAGGAGGAAACGGCUACCAAGGAGUUUAAGGCCAACUGCCAUAAGACUGGAACCCAUUCCAAAGCCAUCCAGUACUUAAAGAUGAAGAAGACAGAAUUAGUGGAACUUUGCCAGGAGAAGGGGCUUGACAGGGAAGGCCUCAGUGUGGAUGAACUGAGGAUUAUCCUCAUCCAAGAAGCCAGCCAGCCAGAAACAGACACAGUGAAGCUGAAUGCCAAGGGGACCCAGGGUCAUGAGCCAGAACUGGAAGCCCAAAGAAAUGGCGAGUGGAAAGAAAGGAGGCAAUUUACAGUGCUAAGGAAGAGACAAAAUGACCUGCUCACAGCUCAGGCUGAACAGCGGAAGAGUGAGUUGGAACGCAUGUACCUUAAGGAGAAACAAGCAGAUAAACCCAUUCCAUGGGUCUUCCCUCCUUUUUCCUCGGGGCAAAACCCGUUGCUCUUCCUUGCCGCCUUUGAGAGGACUAGCAAGCAGUGGAAUAUGUCUUUUGAGGACUCUAUGAAAUACCUAGUUGGCUUGAUCAGAGGGAAGUUGGCCGAAGUGUAUCAUGCUAUGCCCAAACAGAAGCCUGUCACUCUUCAGGCUUUCAAAGAGGCUGUGUUCAAACAGUUUAUCUUCAAUCCUGAUCACUUCUAUGAGAAAUUCUGGGCCUUGAAACCCCAGCCUGGAGUGUCCUGGCUAGAAUUUGGGGCAAAACUAGAGGAAACGUUGAACUGGUGGCUAGAUACUGCCAAGGCUGAUGACCGGGAAAAGGUGAUCCACUUGAUGGUGUUGAACCAGUUCUGUUCCCAUCUCCCUAGUGAUAUACAGCACUCUGUUAAAGCAAAAGCCCCAAAGAACGUCUCAGAGGCAGCUGAAAUCGCAGACCAACUGAUGCUCAGUCAAGAAGACUCGGGAAGGAGAACUCCUCACCUGGGGAGAGAACAGGGCAGAGCAUUUCCAACAAGUGAAGCAGCUGAAGGUCCUAAGAGAACAGAAAUAGGCUCGCCUUCAGUUGAGCACCGGUUGAGCCUUAAUGUGACCAAUUCAGAUCAGUUUAAGAAGAGACCCUGCCACAGCUGUGGGAAAAUGGGGCACUUGAAAACUAGUUGCCCUUCUUCUCCCAAGCAUAUAUAUAGAAUAACCGCAUGCCAUGUCAAAGGGGAGGAGUGGAGCCCCACCAGGCCCUAUAUGGAACCCGUCUUGCUUGGGAACCAGCUAGCCAUAGCGCUGGUGAGCACGGGGUCACAGUUCUCCCUGGUCCGUGCUGAUUUAGUGUCACCCUAUGAUAUUGUCCCUGGGGAGUCUGUGGAAAUAACGACCCAUGGCACACAUUCCUCCCUUCCAGUAGCGAGUCUGCAACUGAACUGGAAGGACAUAGAGGAACUUGUGGAUUUUGGUGUGGCUGAGAAGCUGUUUGUGCCUGUUCUCAUAGGGAUGGACAUUCUGCAUGAGAACUUCAAUUCCUUCUCUUUCUCCCAAGGACGCUUCACAGUCCUGUCUACCAAGAAGGGCAACAAGCAACCUAAAGCCUCCAAUUGAUGGAAACCUUCCUGGUAGAAGCCUCAGGAAGAUAUGACUAUGAUCCUGCAAAAGAAGAUGUAUCUAUGGGCCCGAACAGACAGGCCAAAAUAAAGCUG